CAUGUUCCUGAGACGUUAGUCAAAAUAACUUUUUUUAAAUUAUAUUAAAUUCAGUGCACCAUUCCGACAACUGAUAGCUGAGAAACGAUUGUUAGCAUCCUCCAUCAAAGAUCCGGUGUCCCUUGCGUAGCAACUAUCGACAGUCAGUGGCGGGAGAUGCUUUUAAAGGUGAGCAGCACUCACGCCCAACGGGUGUUGGCCUUUCUGAAUGAGCAGAGGGCUCUUGGCUGGUUCUGUGAUGCUAAGCUGACUGUAGGUGAAGGUGGGAGGGCGUACAAUGCCCAUCGCAAUAUCCUGGCCUGCUUCAGUGAUUGGUUCAAGGAGUCGGAGUCCUCUACCGUGGUGGAGGAGGUUUCCCUUCCUGAGGAGUGCCCCACAGACGGCCUGGAACUGCUUCUGGACUUUUUAUACACAGGGGAGUUGAAGCUCGACUCUCUGAAUCUGGAACAUGUAAAAAAGGCUGCAGACAGCUUACGUGUGCCUGAUGCUCUCGCACUCUGUCAUCAGUUCGCCACGGAAAGGACAAUCUCCCUAGAAGGAGCUCAGUCUGCAGAUCUUUUGGCUGAGGACAACGGGUCCAUCCCAGCUGUGAAUUAUUCAGAAACCAAGGUCACCCUAAAACGGGGGAGGCCCCCCAAAAAAAGAGGGAGGCCCAAAAAAUCCAAAACCCCUAGUAGUGGCUUAACUAAGAAGGAUCCUACAGAGCUGACCACAACUGACACACCUGCCACCACAACUCGCUCUGGGCGUAGGGUGAAGGCCUCUAGAAAACUACUUGGAGAGGGCCUUAGCACACAGAUCCUGCCCCAAGAAAGGACCAUCAGCCAGGGGACACUGCCAUUAGUAAUAAGCCCUAAGCAUGGAAGUGAUGGAUCUGAGGAUGAGGGACAUGGCCUCCUCCAGCCUAUAGAUACAGCAGAGAUAACAGAUAUAGUCAGCCCAGAUUUAAGCUCCGAAGGUAAUUCUCAUCUGCGGCCCAAUGACGGCGAUGAUGAAGACGAUGGAGGUGAUAUGAUUGAGGGGUCAGAUGAGGAAACUGAUGAAGAGUAUGUGCCACAUGACCUGUUGUCCACCACCUCCAGUCCCAAAGGCAGACGUAAAGGACCAGGCACAACUGUCAACAAAGAAAAUGGUGAAGGGGCACCCGAUGGCUCUAAAAAGGGCUCUGUUCAGUGUCCCACCUGCAAUAAGACCUUCCUCAGCAAGUACUACCUCAAAGUCCACAAUAGGCGUCACACGGGUGAGAAGCCCUUUGGGUGCUCCAAGUGUGGGAAGCGAUACUACAGGAAGGAGAAUCUGACUGACCACCAGGCCAGAAACUGCAACUGUGGUGAAAAGAUAAAAGCAGUACACACCUGUCUUCAGUGCCCCAUGUCAUUUGAUAGAGUGGUGGAUCUACGUCUUCACACUGUCUCCCAUACAGGGGAAAUGCCCAAUAAGUGUGCUUCAUGUCUGGAACAGUUCAUGCGUAAAAAAGACCUGCGAAAUCAUGAAAUCAAGAUCCACGGCGCACCGAAACCACAUGCGUGCUCUCUGUGCACCAAAGCCUACCUGUCUAGAACGGAGCUGCGACUGCACGAGGCGUCCAAGCAUCGCGGCGAGAAGCUCUUUGUGUGUGAGGAGUGCGGACAUCCGGCCUCCAGCCGCAACGGCCUGCAGAUGCACAUCAAGGCCAUUCACAGAAAUGAGCGUCCGUUUGUGUGCGAGUACUGCAACCACGCGUUCACCCAGAAGGCCAACCUGAACAUGCAUCUUCGGGUUCACACCGGAGAAAAGCCCUAUCAGUGCCACCUCUGUGGGAAGACCUUCCGGACACAGGCCAGUCUCGAUAAGCACAAUCGCACCCACACGGGAGAGCGUCCUUACAGCUGCGAGUUCUGUAACCAGCGCUUCACAGAGAAGGGCCCGAUGCUUCGACACGUCGCGAGCAAGCACCAGGACGGCCGCCCGCAUUGUUGUAAGAUAUGUAGCAAGACCUUCAAGGCCAUCGAGCAGCUUCGUGUCCACGUGCGCCGCCAUCAGGGCAUGAGGAAGUUUGAGUGCGAAAAAUGUGGCUACAAGUUCACCAGACAGGCCCACUUACGGCGUCAUAUUCAGGUCCACAACCGCACGGAAAACUACAGCCCGCGGGAGAGAAAGCUCCGGAACCUAAUUGUGAAGGAGGUGGGGUCGCAGGAUGAGACAAACCCCUCACAGACACCGCCCACUGAGAACGAGAACCCAGAGGAGCCAGGUGUAGGUCCAGAUGCCUCUGGACCUACACCUGGAUUCGGCGUGUCUCCUCUUAGGGCUGUACCAGGAGCCGGUGACCUAGCCCAAGGUGUGAUCCAGCCCAAGGUGGAGUCCAGCCAGGGGACUGAGGUUGGGUCCGGCCAGACGGAGGUGAUGUCCACGCAGGAUUUGGGGUUGUCGGAGAUCAAAGACGUGAUGGACCAGGAGGCAGGAGACAACGCAGUCGCUGAGACCACUGUGGAGCUGGAAGACACCGAGGAUGAUCCUGCCUCCAAGGGAAAGGCUUGAGGAUGGGGAGGACGGGUCCGUGCCUCCCACUGUUAGACACUUUGACUCACCAUGGGAAGGGAAGCCCUGAGCAGCGGGAGUGAAACCUACUGCAAGACUUCAAGAGCUCCCACAGGGACCACUUGUUCAGCAGUCGAAGCACCCCUUUAAUUUCUGUCACCAUGUGUUCUGUCUACAUAAAUGGCACGCUUGGGGAGUUGCACUGGAAAACCUUACCCACUGGAAGUUCCCACCCAGCCCGAUAGGCUAUGAAAACCCCUACACUGUGGACAUUAUUCAUUUGGCCUGUUCAUGGGGACUAACAAUGAACUACUGUACAACUUGGCAUGGAGCACUGAAGUUAUUUCAUGGUGUUUCUGUGUUUUACACUGUAGAUCUAGUGAAUGUACAUCUGUCAGAGAGUCUUGCAUCGUCUAGCCAAAUGGUAUAUAGAAUAAAGUGAGUCCUGCCUGCAGUUUUA